AUGCAACAGAAACUAAAGAGGCUUGCUUGUUGUCUGAGCAACUGGUCUAGAAACUCUAUUGGCAAUGUUUUUGAUAGAGUUAAAGACCUUGAACAAAAAAUAGAGACUGUGAAAGCCGAAUAUGGAGAGAACAACACUGAUGAGGCCAGAUCUAAGCUACAAGGCCAAUGGAUUCAAGGCAGUGAUCUGAUCUCUGAUGCAGCUAUCCAGUAUUACAAUCAACUGUUUACUCAACCUCAACAAGAUUAUGAUUUAAAAUUCCUCAAAAGAAUGGAACCCAUUGUCACAGAUGAGGACAAUGAUAUGCUCAUGAAGUUGCCUUCUGUAAAAGACAUUAAAGAGGCAGUUGGUGGUCUUCAUCCUGAUAAUGCUAGUGGACCUGAUGGGUUCAAUGGCCAUUUCUUCCGAAAAUGUUGUCCAAUUAUUGCUGAAGAUCUUUGUGCUAUGGUAUUAAAUUUCUUUAGAGGCCAUAAGCUGUCCAGAUACAUUACUCAUAUCUGUUUGAUUCUACUUCCUAAAGUGGAAUUGGCUGGCUUACUUCCUAAGUUAAUAUCUCCAAAUCAAACAGGAUUUGUGAAGGGUAGGCUCAUCAAAGGGAACGUCUUUCUUACUCGAGAUAUAGUUCAUGACAUCAAGAAGAAGAACAAGGGAGGAAAUGUUGUGAUCAAAAUUGACAUGGCUAAAGCAUAUGACAAAGUGUCAUGGGGUUUCCUUAAUGUAGUUCUAAGAAGUAUGGGAUUCAAGAAGAGAUAUGUUGACCUCAUCUAUAGACUUACAUCUAAUGUGUGGUACUCUGUUAUGAUAUAUGGCACUAGAUAUGGGUUCUUUCAUUCCACUAGAGGGUUAAAACAGGGUGACCCAUUAUCACCUGCUCUUUUUAUCCUAGCCUCAGAAUCCCUCACCAAAGCUUUUAAUCAUCUUCAUGAUAAAGAGGGAUAUAGAGGUUUCACUGUGAAUCCAAAUGGACCACAAGUAAAUCAUUUGUGUUAUGCAGAUGAUCAGUACUUGGGUUGUCCUAUUUAUCAUCGCAGACAAAGGAUUGCCUAUUUCACUGAUAUUACCAAAGCUGUUGUCAAUAAGAUCAAGGGAUGGCAAGGCAAUCUUCUCUCAACUGGUGGAAGGGCUACUCUGAUAAACCAUUUGAGGGUGGCACAGGUUUCAAAAGCCUUAUGGAUAUCAGUAAAACUUUUUUGUGCCAAAAGAUGGUGGAGAUUUAGAGGAGAGGAUAACUUGUGGUCUCUUUUUCUAAAAGUCGAAUACUAUCAAAGAAAACACCCUGUGGCUAGAUUAAUUCAGUCUGGGCAAUCAACUGCUUGGAGAGAUCUAUUGAAAAUCAGAAGUCAGGUGGAGACUCAUAUAUCAUGGAAAAUCAAUGAAGGAAAAAAUUCUUUUUGGUGGGAUAAUUGGACAAAUCAAUGUCCUUUGAUCAAUAAUAUGAACAAACAGGAGGCUACAGGUACUCUAAUGGUGGAUGAUUGUCUAGACAUGAAUGGUUGGGAUAGAGAUUUCAUUUCUAAUCUAGUCCCUCCUAAUAUUGCUCAAGUAAUUUUUGAUAUUCCUAUUGUUGAAACUAUUAGACCAAGGUUUUCCAGUAUUCUUGUAAAAUGGGAAAAACCUCCCAACGAUUGGUUGAAAAUCAACACUGAUGGAAGUAGUAAUAGUAGUAUGCAAAUGGCUGGAAUUGGAGGUGUUGCUAGGAGCACCUGUGGAGAGAUUAUUAUGGCUUAUGCCAAAUCUUUACAAUUUUGCACUAACAAUAGAGCUAAAGUGGAGGUUGUUGAAUAUGCCAUACUGUGGUAUUCAAGGUCGCUAAAGCCUUUAGCGACAUUUACUGUUAGGGAUAAAGUUUGGUAUUGCCGAGAAGCUAAUCAGGUAGCUGAUACUUUAGCUAAACAUGGGGCUUCUUCGCAAAUGGGAACUAAUCCAGAAACUUAUUACACAACUCAUGAAAUGCCAAGGCAAGCUAUUGGUUCUAGCAGAAUGGAUAAUAUGGGGAUGCCCAGCUUCAGGAUAAGGAAAAUACAAAGGAGCUACCAGACUACUAUCACAUGA